CGGUGGCAGCCACAGCAGCCACUGGCCUGCGGCUGCAGCUGCCACUGUUCGUGGCGGCAGCCACCGACCGCCGGUUGUUUGUAGUGGUCUUGAGCUGGAAGAGGUUUCAGGAAGUGAAGUGGUGUAACCGUUGUUAAUGUACACAUUAUAUUUUUAGGUUAUUUGUAUUGCUUGAGUUAUUAUAGUGUGUUUGUGUUUCUUAUUGUAAAGUAUUAUGGGAUUAAUUAUAAAGAUUUUAUGAUUCCAAAGCAAAAUCACUGUCUUGCACAAAUCAGUUUAUUGUUAACUUACGAUGAUCAUUUCAUUUUCAUAUAAAGCACUUUGGGUAUUGUUUCAUUUAUAUAUUUAAAGACUGACAUUUCUGGUCCCCUUGCCUGUGAGUGAAUGUCCCUGCACAUCGUUUGGCAAAGAAAAGUGCUCUAUAAAUUAAAUUUAUUAUUAUUAUUAUUAUUUUUAUCAUUGUGGUUUGAGGUCUUUAUCUGUUAUUGGUCAUCUGCAGUUUACAGAUGGAAAUUCAAGUCAAUAAUUGUGGUCAGAGAUGAAUAAGUGUGGUUGAUCAGCAUGUGCUCUGGCUGGUCAGUGGCUGCUGCUAUAAACAGCGGCAAAAACAAAUAAAUCGUUUUUGUUUUUUUCAGAUAUUGCUCAUAUUGAUCCAUGACAACAAGGCCUGCCAGGUGUUUUCAGGAUAAGGCGAGGAGCGGCGCACGUCGGACAGAGGGGAUAUAACGGAGUACAGGGAGUAAAAAGACAAGAAAGAUAACCGGAAAAGUUGCGUUGCCUGGUGUCCGCGCAUCGUCAUGCCGAGGUACAACUUCUUACUGUGCUUGAUGGUGCUCAUCUCUCUGGGACAAUCGGGGAGCGAUGAGCCCAAUCUGCUGCUGCCUCCUGCCAGCGAGACGCCCACGGACGCCGGGCUGUCCCUGCUGGACGAGGACGCCGGCGCCCACGAGUGCUCUGCCUGUGUUUGGAGGGAGCAGAGCAAAGUGCUGCGACUGGAGACCAUUAAGUCCCAGAUCCUGAGCAAGCUGCGUCUCAAGCAGGCGCCCAACAUCAGCCGGGAGGUGGUCAAUCAGCUGCUGCCCAAGGCGCCUCCGCUCCAGCAGCUCCUGGACCACCACGACUUCCAGGGGGACGCGUCGUCCCAGGACGAGUUCAUGGAGGAGGAUGAGUACCACGCCACCACGGAGUCCGUGAUCACCAUGGCCUCUGAGCCGGAGCCGCUGGUGCAGGUGAACGGGAAGCCGAGCUGCUGCUUCUUCAAGUUCAGCCCCAAACUGAUGUUCACCAAGGUGCUGAAGGCCCAGCUGUGGGUGUACCUGCGGCCGCUGCAGCAGACCUCCACCGUCUACCUGCAGAUCCUCCGCCUGAAGCCCGUCACAGAGCAGGGCAGCCGCCACAUCCGCAUACGCUCCCUGAAGAUCGAGCUCAACUCCAGAGUGGGCCACUGGCAAAGUAUUGACUUUAAGCACGUGUUGCAGAACUGGUUCAAGCAGCCGCACACCAACUGGGGAAUCGACAUCAACGCCUUUGACGAGAGCGGCAAUGAUCUGGCAGUUACUUCGCUGAGGCCUGGGGAGGAGGGGCUGCAGCCGUUCCUGGAAGUGAAGGUUCUCGAGACGACCAAACGCUCCCGUAGAAACCUGGGCCUGGACUGCGACGAGCACUCCACAGAGUCUCGCUGCUGCCGCUACCCUCUGACUGUGGAUUUCGAGGCCUUCGGCUGGGACUGGAUCAUUGCUCCCAAACGCUACAAAGCCAACUACUGCUCCGGCCAGUGCGAGUACAUGUUCAUGCAGAAAUACCCACACACCCACCUGGUGCAGCACGCCAACCCCCGAGGCUCGGCAGGGCCCUGCUGUACCCCGACCAAGAUGUCCCCCAUUAACAUGCUCUACUUCAAUGACAAGCAGCAGAUCAUCCACGGCAAGAUCCCGGGGAUGGUGGUGGACAGAUGUGGCUGCUCUUAGGCUGCAGGGGGAGACGCACACUUGUGCACAGCCUCCAACCACCCAAAACCCUUACGGAGCUCUCCCCUGGCACCAGAAUCCACUCCUCGGCACCGGAUUUCACUUUUGCUCAGCCACAAAAACAUCCCACUGAGUUUCCAUUUUUCUGGUAAUUAAAUCGAUUCUAACUGUAAAAAAGAAAAAGAAAAAAUUUUAAAAAAAAGUUUUAAAUGAAAUAUGAAUUAAAAAGGGACUGAGUGAUGGAAAUACAGUACAUGAUGAAUAAUUUAAAGAGGUUGUACUUAUGGAGCAGCUUCAGAAAAUGGUAAAUGAGACAAAACUAUGUUAUAGAGUAUGUGCUAGUUUUGUGGGCUUUUAAAAAAGAUUUUGUUUGUAUGUCUGUUUGUUUGUUUGUUUGUUUAGUUUUUUUUCCGUCGCAUCUUUGUGAAAUGUCCAGGUUAGUGGAUUGAGAUGACAGGAGACUUGAGCAUUUACAAUAUUUUUUAAAGCAGUUUCAGUCCUAUGGUUGAGGUUGGAGAUAAUCCAUUCACAGAUCCACUUACUUAUCAGUGAGAUUUGAUCAACAAAAGGGGGAAUGAACAAUAUUUUUUAAUAAUCCAUCACUUUGGUGAAAAGAUCAAAGAUCCCCAUUGGAAAUACUCAAUCAAAAAUCUUGUUUACAGACAUUCAGAGAUGAGCUCUAGAGAUGUACAGUGUCGAUGAGAUCCAAAACCAAACCUAUGCCCUCGGUCACUGUCCCCAGUGGGACAAAACCCUUUUCCCAGUUAAUUGGAUCUUUUUUUGUUUUUUGUAAGUGGACAGUCUAAAGACUUGCACACUAAAGUCUGAAACCAAACUAUAAUGUAGAUGCACUCUGAAGUCGUUCUGCACCGGAGGACGAAGAAGGAGGAGGAAGAGCGCAGGUCCAGCAGGACUGACAAGAACUAAGACAGAUUUUUCUUCUUCUGUGUCUGGAAAAUACAUUUUUUAAUACCUUCAAUUUUUUUACAUUAAAUGUUUAAAACAGAGUAGUGAAUGCACUCUCUUUUAACUUGAAGAGGCCUGGAACUGAGCAUAUCAUACAAACAAAAUCUAUAACCUGUACUAAACACACAAAGGUUCACUCUGCUAUAACCUGUGUUAAAAAUACACCGUCGAGCUAGUUUCAGAAAAGAUUAAUACCUUUUAUAAGUCACAACAAACCACGUAAUGUGCAAAAGAAAAAUGAAGAGACCAUAACACGACUUCUGACUUAACUUUAGAAAACAUAUUUGCAUUGUGAAAUGCCCCUGAUCCACUUCCGCCUCAGCUCAUCAUUAUCAUUAUGGAGAAAAUAUUGUUAGUGCUUGAACACAGUGUAGAUUAGAAUGCUUGAAGUCUCUCUUUGUCUCCUGGAUGUCAAAGCAAAGAUAUCAUUUUGUUGUAAACGAAAGCACUAUGCUGUUGGAUAAAGGAAGAGCCUUCUGACAUUAUAUAUAAAUGAUAUAUGUAUAUAUUUUUAAAAAAAAGGGGUACAAAAACCUUUUUGGGGGCACUCUACCUUACCAACAAUAAAUUUUGCACUAUGGGACGUUCAUGGCGUGAGGAGGUAAAGUGUUGUCUGUGUUUUACCAAGCACAAGAUAGCUUGUACAGUAUAGGAUUAAAAAAAAAAAAAAAAAAAAAAAGCUAUUCAAGCUUCUGGUGAUAAACCAUAAACUAGAGAGGUUAUCACUUCUUUUUGAUACCAUCACGCUUUCCUGACUUUUGUCUGAAGCGGGGGCCUGUCCAUACACUCACACACUUCUAUCCAAUCUGGAACCUGGACGUACUGAACCAGCGGCCUGAAAGGCCUCCUCGCCCGCUGUGGGCGAUAAGUCUUGUGUGUAAUAAGUGUCUGGAUCGAUGAACAUAGAAUGCUUUAACUGGAGAUGGCCCGCCCACCAACUUUAAUCUGUUACCAUGUUAGAGAGACGACGUUCUUUUGACUCAAGCGACGUGUUGACCGUCUUGCAUAGACAUGUUUUUGCCUUUGUGUGUAUUUUUAAGUGAAAGGGACCCAUGUAAGGAUGGGAAGAGUAUCCAGGGAUUGUUAGCCAAAGUAGAGGAUGACAUGUUGUGUGCUGUAACUUUUGUGAUCGCAGGAAUAUGCUAGAACAUUUCAAAGGGAGAGACAAGCUGGUUUAGGGGCAGUGGUUGGAAAUAAUUCAACUGGUCAAUUGUCUAUUUAUUAAUAUUAAUUACAAUGCAUUUCAAAGUCUGUCUACCUCACUUUAGUCUUCUAAAAAAAAAACUUGCUUUUUUAAAAUUUGUCAUCGAUCAAUCUGUGCAAACAUUUAACCCAUAAGCCCCCCCCCCCCCCCCCCCCCCCCCCCCCCAAAAAAAAAGAUUUAGAUGAAAACCACAGGGUCCCCUUGCUCUCAGGUUCAGAUUGAGUUAUUGACAGAGUGACUGAUGGUAGCGGCUCUGGUAAUGUGUGGUCAAAAGAAAUAUUAUUAAUAGCUGUGCCCACAUCUAUGGCUUAACAAUGGUUAAAGCUGUUGAGAAGUUGCAUUUUGAAUUUUAGUGUUUGUAUACUGGUAUGUGUGAGAGUGUUUUCAUAUAAAUAUAUGAGAGGAAGAAAUCUCUAUGUAAAUACCUACCCAAAUGUGGACAUUUAUGAUGUUUUGGACAGGUUCACCGCUUCUCAAGUUUUUUUCACUUUCCCCCUUCAUCCCUCCGUUCUUUGUGUACCUAAAAAAAAAUAUCACCCCAACUUUGUAGUUUAAUGGUUGUGCAUAUGAAUAACUGUUCAAUUGUUAUUUUUGCCUUUUGUUGUUUAUUUACUGUCAUUUUUCUUUUGUACAAUAAAUCAUUUAUUUAGCUUA